GACGUUCACUUGAGUCCCCGUGGGCACACCGCUCAUUUCUCUCUGUCUUACUCUAUAUACCCACCUCUGAAAGGUACAGACCCCUAAAGAGGAGACGAACACGAAGGGAGGGGAAGGGAGAAACAGGAAAGACUGCAGUUGGUGCAUGACAUGAAGACGCGACUGUUGGGGACCCGGCUGAGCAUGGAACAUUAUGCCAGGAUCUGAACUGAAACGGGGACCGGGUUUGGGCUCUCAGAAGAGGGCGUUGAUUGUGUAACAAACGCGCGAGUUUGCGGGAGUAAAAUGUGCUUGAUGUCGUGUGACGCUUUUGGAUGCGCAAUUCUGGAUGGGAUGAAAUCGCGUAACCGGGGGCCAAAUCUAGGCGCUUAACGUGAGACCACCGAUCUGAGCUACCGUUAAACCACAUCUUCUGCCCCUCGCAGCCGCGUUGAAGGGGCAUCCGCAGAAAGUUUCGCGAUGGCUCUCGUCAUGGAACCUGUUAGUAAAUGGAGCCCCAGUCAAGUUGUGGACUGGAUGAAAGGUCUGGAUGACUGUUUGCAGCAGUACAUAAAGAACUUUGAGCGGGAGAAGGUUGGAGGAGACCAGCUGUUGAGGAUCACCCAUCAGGAGCUGGAGGAUCUGGGAGUUUCUCGGAUCGGCCAUCAGGAGCUCAUCCUGGAGGCCGUGGAUCUGCUGUGUGCUCUGAACUACGGGCUGGAGACCGAAAACCUGAAGACUCUUUCGCACAAGCUCAACGCCUCUGCCAAGAACCUGCAGAACUUCAUCACUGGCCGCAGACGCAGCGGCCAUUAUGACGGCCGCACCACCCGAAAACUGCCCAACGACUUCCUCACGUCUGUGGUGGAUCUGAUUGCCGCUGCUAAGAGCCUCCUGGCCUGGCUGGAUAGGUGUUACUUCUUUUGCAGGUCACCAUUUGCUGCUGUAACAGAUUAUUCCGUGACCCGGAACAACGUGAUCCAGCUGUGCCUGGAACUAACUACCAUUGUACAGCAGGACUGCACCGUCUAUGAAACCGAAAAUAAGAUCCUCCAUGUGUGUAAGACUCUGUCUGGAGUUUGUGACCACAUCAUCUCACUGUCUUCAGACCCUCUGGUCUCUCAGUCGGCUCAUCUGGAGGUGGUCCAGCUGGCUAAUAUCAAACCUACAGAGGGUCUGGGAAUGUACAUCAAAUCCACAUAUGAUGGCCUUCAUGUUAUCACAGGAACCACAGAGGGGUCUCCAGCAGACCGCUGUAAAAAGAUCCACGCAGGUGAUGAGGUUAUUCAGGUCAACCAUCAGACUGUGGUGGGCUGGCAGUUGAAAAACUUGGUAAGCUCUCUGCGCGGGGACCCUGCCGGUGUGACAUUGACCCUGAAAAAGCGUCCCCAGAGCACCCUCACCUCCGCCCCAGCCCUACUAAAGAACAUGAGAUGGAAGCCCUUGGCCCUGCAGCCAGUCGUUCCCAGGAGUCCCACCAGCAGCUCUGCCACUCCCACAAGCACCAUCAGCACACCCUCGAAGCGUGAUAGCUCCGCCCUACAGGACCUGUACAUUCCGCCCCCUCCAUCUGAGCCAUACACACCCAGAGAUGAAAAAGGCGGUAUCCAAAGUGAGAGUGGGGUACCUCUCGCAAAAGGAUCAGAAUCACCAAACUCAUUCCUGGAUCAAGAAUACAGGCGGCGAUUUCCUCUAGUGGAAGAGGAGGCUGUCCUGUACUGCUACGAGUACGACCCCAGCCACGGACCCACAACGUCCCGUCGAGACAGCACACCUACUUAUGGUCGUCUGAGGCCCAUCUCUAUGCCUGUGGAGUAUAACUGGGUUCCUGACUAUGAAGACCCAGCUAGAGUGAAGAGAGACGGUCGGAGAGAAAACUCUCUGUUGCGGUAUGUAAGUGAUGAGAAGGCUGCUGAUCUGGCAGGACGGAGCAUGAAGAGAGACACUGGAAAGCGUGGAAAGAAAAAGAGCGAGAAGAGCGGGAGCCCCACACACUACUCCCUCCUUCCCACCCUGCAAAUGGAGGUGCUCCGUCAGGAGUCCAUGAACACGCCAAACCCAGACUCCACCUCUCUUUACCAUACAUUCCAGGGAUCCUCUCUGCUAUCCAAGACCAAGAAAAAGAGUAAAGCGGCUCCACUGUCCUCCAUAAGUAAGAGAAGAAUCUCCUGUAAGGACUUGGGUCGUGGAGACUGUGAGGGCUGGCUGUGGAAGAAAAAGGACGCAAAGAGCUAUUUUUCGCAGAAAUGGAAGAAGUACUGGUUCGUUCUGAAGGACGCCUGCUUGUAUUGGUACAUGAACGAAGAGGACGAGAAGGCUGAGGGUUUUGUUAGCCUUCCAGAAUUCAAGAUCGACAGAGCCAGUGAAUGCCGGAAAAAAUAUGCAUUUAAAGCAUGUCAUCCCAAAAUCAAGAGCUUCUACUUCGCAGCGGACGGCGUGGAUGAUAUGAACAGAUGGUUGAGUCGCCUCAACAUGGCAGCCGCCGGCUAUGCUGAAAGAGAGCGAAUCCGUCAGGAACAUGCAGACUACUGGAGUGAAAGUGAUCAUGAAGACAAUGAGACGCCCUCGACGCCUAAGCAAGACAGCCCACCACCCCCUUAUGACACAUACCCACGGCCACCCUCAAACCAGGUGAGCUGUGCCAGUCCUUACCUAGAACCAAAGCAUGGCCGGCUGUCAUCUACAGAAACGUCGCAGUCUCGCUCGUCUCAUGAGGAGUACCGAUCCGAACCUCAAGGGGGGAGCAGCAGUGGAGGAGGCUCUCCAGCUCGGAAGUCCGCCAGCCAGCGGCGUUCAUGGCAGGACCUGAUUGAAACCCCUCUGACCAGCUCAGGCCUCCACUACCUGCAGACUCUGCCUCUAGAGGACGCUGUGUUCUGUGAGCCGGGAGCGGGUCUUUCCCCCGAAUAUCGGCGUCAGUCCACUCUGCCUGCCCAGCGCACACUCAUGCAGGAUCAUUACGGCCCUUUCCCCAUGCUUGAAGGGGAGAGACUCAGAGACCCUGUUAAUGCAGUAGGGAAACCCCGCAGCUUCACCUUGCCCCGGGACAGUGGCUUGCAUGCCCUUCUCACACCUUCCGCCAGCAUGGCAGAUCAGCGGGACCCAAACCGCAGGGAGCUCAGCCGCUCUCAACGCAUCAAUAACGGUGGGGAGCAGGACUACCAGGGGCAGGCAGAUUCGCUGGGGGACUUGUACAGAGCGCUGGAGCGUGCCCGUCUGACACCUAUUGGUGAGCACCGCCUUUCCACUCGUCUGGAGUACAAACACCUUUUCAUCCGGCGUUGCAACGAUCCACAGCUAAAUGACAAACUGCAUCACCUUCGCAUCCUGCAGAGCACGCUAAAGGACAGGGAGGGCGAAGUAGCACUGAUUGACAAGCUGUUGGCCAAUCCUAAGCUCACAUCCUCAGAGUUCCAGGAGUGGAAGAAAGUUUACAUGGAGGCGUUUUCAGGAGAGCCACAGCGGGACCGUCAGCCCAGCCCUGCCUCUGAGCCCAGCCCUGCCGCUACGCCUGAACCUGCCCCCCGCACGCCCUCCCUCUCACACACACACUCCUACAUCGAGACUCACGUCUGACGCACACAAACUCAUACUUCAGAGUUCAGACCCAAAAAUACCACCACAAAACCAACUCUCAACCAAUGGACAUACUGUAUGCUCACUUCCACAGACCUUAUGGUGGAAUUUCAAGCUAAAGUAAGAAGUGAAUUGGUGUUUAUGGACCCUAGUUAUGUUACACGCCAUAUUUAAUUGGACAUUUUAAUUAUAAGGCUGUGGGGGAUACAUUUUCAAGAUGCUAACGCAAUGACGCAUGUCUUAGUAAUUGAAAAAUCAAUUAAUUUGUUACAUUAUUCAUUAAUUAAUAUGAAAUUACCUAGAGGCCGUCUUAGACUAGAUGUCAAAUCAAGACUGUCAGUUUUGACUUUCUUUGUCAUUCUUCAUAUUUGCGUGUAUCGCUUUACAAUGCAAGUAAAAAUUGUUCAGAAGCUCUUGCUUAAUAAUGAAGUAGAAUGUUUAUGUCAUGGAAUAUUUGGAGGAUCUGUUUGCCGUUUUUAGUAGUUUUUGGUUGCUGUAUUUUAUAGGUAUCACAAUAUAAUAGUAGCAUAACAAUUCUUUUUUAAUUUAUGAGAUUUAAUUUAAAGUUUGCACAACACUAUUAUAAAAAAAUCUGGUUUGAAAGCGGCGUUAUUGUUUUCAUGGAAAACUGAAAACAAAAUUUGUGAAAACAGUGAUAUUCAUAUAUUAUUGUUCAGUCUAUAUAUUCCAAUACUGGACAACUAGAACAGUGACAGACUACAGGAAUGCCGCCUUGUAGUUUCCUUUAUAACGUGACAUCGCCAUCUACUGGCUUGGCAUCCAAUAUGCAGUUUAAUAAUAAUAUUUAAUAAUUAGUGUUGUGCUCUCGACUCAUCAAUGACCAUAACUACAAUCUGCUUUGGAUAUGGGCCGGAUCAACAAUUAUGUGAACUUCAAGAUAAGGAGAAAGGCCAUUCAAAUUAGUGUGAUUUUGGGAAAUGUUCUCGGCUCUAGUUGUACUGAUUAAUGCAGCCUAAGGGGCCGAUCACACCGAAUGUGAUUUUCCGUUCCGAAAACAUGAUGUGCUCUGCAAUGCCUUUUUUUUGUUGACUUAUGUCACUAGGCAAUAACUGAAUCAGCUGUGUAUUGUGCUUGAGUGUUGCUGUUGAUAUUGGUAUAGUUUUAAUAAUUAAUAUUAUUGUGAUUUUCAAGAUUUGUGAAGUCAUGCAGCUCUGGAUAACUCAAAAAAGUAACUACUAGUCUCUCCUCUAUCUUCAAAAGACUCUGUAGUCGUCUUGACAACACAAACACUGCUGUCACCUCAACAGAAACCCGCUUCAGCUUUCAUUUGAUUGGAGAAUGAAAAAGGUGCGACUGACGUAAUAAGCUUUUUUAGCUCAAAGUUGACUUUUUUAAACUGUGAGCACACAACGCAAAAGACAACACAAGACUCGUAUAGUCUUGUAUGGGGAAAAGUGUAACGGUCAAUAUGGCAAACGAAGCCCUGCAUACUAGAUCAAACAUCGAUUAAUAUAGACUGACGUUUCAGCGACCAGAUGUGUGUUUUUAUGACAGUUUGUUGGUCAACGAACUGGAAUCUCAGUGAAUACUUGCUUCACAAACAUAAGAAAUAUAUCCACAUAAAGCUUGAAGUAUGUGCUUUUAAAUGAACCAAGUGCAAAAACAAAAGUUUUUUGGUUUUGUAAUUUGUAUAAAAUGAACGUGAGGUAUAGUUCGUCCUGUCAAACGCACAUCACAUGACAGCAGCAACUACUCAAACGCCCACAAACUUGUAAACAAAGAGUCGCUGUCAUUUCUGGAAGAGAUUCGCCAUCAAGACCAAGUAGUGGAUUACUUCAGAAGAGCAGCACGAUCUGACUAUCAUUAUCCAGAGGAUGAUAAUGUGUAGAACGGCCAUAAAUAAGGUUGGUCUCGUGAUCUCGUUUUUUUUUUUUUUCGAGUGAGCAUGCGCAUUAGCUUGGGCAGCCUGAAAUAAAUAUGCCGAUUUUGUUUAAUUUGGAUGUUUAGAAAUUAAACCUAUGAGACGGUUGUUGUUUAAUUUUAUUGGUGGUUCCAAAUAUUUAAUCUAAUUGUAAGCUUGGCAAACAGUUUUUGAGAAUUUGAUGUUUCCCCAUUCAGACAGAAUUCCCGAGCAUACUGCCCAAGAGGCGUUUCAAAGAUGCAUGCCGAGUGAAAUGACUUGCCUUAAAGGGACUUUGACAGCAUGCAAUGGCAAAAACGUGAGGCACAGCAGGUGGUUAAAAUGCGAGGCGCUCAGGGCGCAAAAGUAGCACGAAAAACAGUCACAGCCAUUCAAAAAAGGCGCCUCAACGCAAAAAGCUCACUCAGUGUGAUCGGCCCCUAACAAUCCUUUAGAGUUUAUGUAUUGGUGUUUUAUGUGUAUGCUAAUGCAAAGAGGUAUGUUUUUAGUCUAGAUUUAACCUGAGAGAGUGUGUGAGAACUGUAAUAAUAAUAAUUUCAUAGUGUUAUCAUCUGUCGACAAAACUUUUCCAUUUUUACAGCACUAUUUUCCUGAAACGCAUCCUGUACUUUAUCCCUCACAGCUUUGGUUUUAUUCACGUCAAAUGUGACUCACCAUCUACCGUGAUUAAGAUCCAUAAACACAAAUUCACUCCUCGCUUUGUCCUUACACUCUUGCACUCUGACAGCAAUCACAGACUCAAGUCUACAUGUGCUUUUGAAAUACUUGAAAACCCUUGUUUACGCAGGCACACACAGCCGCACAAACAAAGCUUUCUGAAUGGCUCGACUCUCAAUCCACUGGCAUCGGAAUAUGUCAUUUCUGCACACCAGGUUGCUAUGGUUACCAGUCCUUCAAACGACACAGACGAGGAGAGACAAUGCAUCACACCCAGAACAAACCAGGUGCACCUCUACACAGGAAGCUGAGGUACAACCACUUCAGUUUGGAGAUGGACACUACAGACUGAACUAUUAGAGGAAAUGCACAUCUGAGGCGAUGUUCGAACACUGAACACACAGACUGUCAUUCUUGUGUUUGGCUGGUUUUUGAAGCAGAUCUCUUUGUGGACACUCGGACGGUCAUCUGCAAUGUUUAUAUGCCACUUUAGCAUACUCUAUACUCUGCUGUAUCAUACUAUAUAUUUAUGAUCUGCUGUUAUACAUCGGCUGGCCCCGACUUAUAGCAUUUGUACAUUUGUGUGGAAGGUGUGUGCGUGUUUGUGUGCAUUAAUAUGGAAUGUUAAUGUGGUUACCUCAUAUCACAAUCCUUGUGGAGUGUUUGGAUAUAUCAAGAAAAGGAACAUUUCUGGUUCUGUUCUGGUUCCAUCUGUGGCUUGGUGUCAGUUACCGUAGUCAGUUAUUUGACUCGGCUUGUAGUAAUAGUCUUAAAAUGGAAGUCUAUGGGGCAAGGCAAUGGAAGCAGAAAUGUAAAGCCUGUGUGUUUGCUAAGAUGCUUAUGCUAGCUUUCCAUACAUGUUGUCUGAAUUAACCUGUUUGGAAAAAGACCUGAAAUUGUCCUUAUCUCUGAUUCAUUUUUGAACCAGACUUUUCUUGUAAAUGUGGCUUUAAUUUAAGAAAGAAUUCACAUGGUCAACGAUUACAAGAUUCGAUAUACGAACUACUAGCUAAAAGCCAAUUUGCUAGAAAUUGCUAGUAAAUUUCACAAAUGUAACAUACACAUUAAAUCAAUGAAUUUUUUGGCGUGUUUGUACCAGUCAGUAUUAAAAUCUAUUUAAA